AUGACUGAGCAGCGAUCACAAGGGAUUCUGCAGUGUUCAGCUCUCCAGGCCCGUGUUUGUCCAUUACCUGAGCUGGUCCAACCUGGUUGGCGGCGUGAGAAAUGCGAGCGUGCACUUUCAUCCAGGACUCUCUACCACUCGACACUGUGCGCUGUCUACCGCAGCUGCCUUGACGUACUGUGUAUGGACGUCGUAGAAGGCGACAUACAACCCUCAAAUGAGCCGCCGACUGUAUCUUGCCAAAUCUGCGAAACUGCAGCAGGCCGCUACAAGUGCCCAGCAUGCAACACCCUGACCUGCUCGCUAGCCUGCUCCAAGCGCCAUAAGCAGGAGAAACCAUGCUCUGGGCAACGCUCACGAGUCGCCUUCAUCCCGCGUUCUGAGUUCAACGAUGCGAGCAUCAACAACGACUAUAACUUCCUCACCGCUGUUGAGCGUGAUUUGGAUAAUGCCGCACGCGCAUCGCAUGAAGACAAAAAGAAUGGCCGUCCACCGCAUAUCGUCAAGCAAUUUGUACAAAAAGCGAGAGAUGCAGGCGAAGUGGUGGUCGAGCUAGCGCCGCGCGGUAUGAAACGCAAUCGCAUGAAUCAUUCGCAUUGGCAUGGUAAGCGGCAGUGUCUCAUUUGGACACUCGAGUGGCAGAUUGAGGGUGAGCCACAGCGCCUCGUGAGUGAUCGCGUGCCAGAGACUCAAACACUAGAAGAGAUUCUGGACAAAGUACGACCGACAAAAGUUGACAGGGAUACCCUUAAGUCGAUGCAUAUGCUAUUUGAAACACCAGUCAAGGGCUCUACAAGCGUAUGGACGGUACUAGACAAGACGGCAAGUCUGGCGCAAGUUCUACGGCAUCGUACUGUGCAAGAAUUCCCCACCAUUCAUCUGUUCAAAGCCAUCCCGACCAGCUUUCGACUGGAACCAUCCUUCUCGUCUGUGCUUCACUCAACAAAGAGUAAUACAAGCUCAAGUCAAAAUGUAACGCAGAUCUUCAAUGCACCCAGCAACACAGAGGAGAUCGUUUCAAAUGACUUUAUUGGAAUUGACCUCGAAGAAGGUGAAAUUGAUGCCUCACGCGAAGACGACAAAGAGAUGUCCGCUGCGAGUACAGUGUUCGGUUUGCCGAAGGUAGACUUGGAAUCCUUGGAUGCGCUUGUGCCGUACACGUAG